CUAGGAUGUGUCAAAAAUCCAACAUUUAUGUCAAGCUACUUUAAUUACGGCCAUAUUGUAUCCCCCAUGGCAGGUAACGAGGCUUAUGCCAGCGCCAUCGAGCGAGCAAAGCAGAUUGUUUCAAAAUUUUCUAUGUCCGAUGACGGGUCCACAACCAAUGGUGGCAUAGCUGGUAUGAAAAGGCCUGCUCAGGAGGAAAAUAACAAUUUUGCUACGACUGAAAAACGCCCUUUAGUAAUGGACAAGGUGGCUGCUGCUGCUGAAGCUGCUGCUCGGAUAAAUCAGAAGCUAGGUGGUUCACAGCCUACCACAACUCUACCACCAACCUCAAACAACAACUCUGUUGGUUCCAGGGUUGUUACUACUGAGACGGCUAUCCCUGAUAGAUAUGUUGGCCUAGUUAUAGGGAAAGGUGGGGAGCAAAUAACACAACUCCAAAAUGACACACAAUGCAAGGUUCAAAUAUCUCAAGCUGGUACUCCCGAGCGUACUGUAACCCUAACUGGAACUCCUCAGCAAAUUGAUCAUGCUAAACAAAUGAUUGGUGACAUAAUUGAGCGUGCUGGUAAGAACGGCACACCAACUACUCCUGCUUAUAAUUCAACUGGAAGCAUAACAACUAUUGAGAUGAUGGUUCCUGGUUUAAAGGCGGGUUUAGUGAUCGGCAAAAACGGCGAGACUAUCAAAAACUUGCAAGAAGAGAAUGGCGUCAAAAUGGUGCUUAUUCAACAGUCAAACAACCCGACUCCUGAAGACAAACCACUUCGAAUAUCCGGUGAACCAGCACGAGUGGAAAAGGCUCGACAAGCUGUUCUUGUUCUCAUAAAUUCUCGAGAUCGUCCUGGAGGGUCAAUGCACUACGGAUACGACGGCCAGGAAACAUCCCAAUAUGCCGUUCCGGCUGAGAAAGCAGGACUUGUAAUUGGUAAAGGUGGAGAGUCGAUUAAAGAGAUCUGUCGCGUCAGUGGAGCUCAUGUUGAAAUAUCAAAGGAACCACCGCCAGAUCCUUCUAUCAAAAUAUUUAAUGUCCGUGGUAACAGACAAGAGAUAGAACAAGCCAUAAGAAUGAUCUCUGAGCGUGCUGGUAUUCCCAUGACUCGACCAGCUACUACCACCGGUGCUGUUCCUGGGCCUUGGGGUCAAUACGGCUACCCACAUGCAGAUCCGUGGACCAUGGCUAACUGUGCCCAAAAUGCCGUUGCGGCAGCUGCCAUGCCGGCUCCUACAUACAACCCAUACACCGGUCAACCUGAUUAUAGUGCAGCUUGGGCUGAAUACUACAGACGUCAAGGAAUGCACGAAUGCGCUGAUGCCAUUCUACGACAGGCUCAACAACCCUCAGUGGCUGCUGUCCAACAGACCGCUCCAGUACCUACAGGUCACGUGCAGGCUGCACAAUCUGGUACACCGGCGGCUGCACCAUCUCAAGUUCCUGUUCAAGCACAACCAACAGCUGCUGGACAGUACGACUACGCUCAGUGGCAGCAAUGGCAACAAUGGCAAGCUUGGCAAGCGUGGCAACAGCAGCAAACAGGAGCACCAGGUCAAUCUGGUGCUGGAGCUCCUCCGGGACAGACUAUGCCAGGCACACAAUCAAUACAAUGUGCUCCUAGCAUGCCUCCUGCUCCUGGUCAUCCUCCUAUUCCUCAACAAUAAACUUUGCUCCGUUUUUUUCUGAAGUACAAGUUUAUGCCGUGUGACAAUUCCCGUUCUAUGUCUUCAUUUUUAAAUACAUUUUCAGGUUGAACUACUGUGUUGGUUGAAUGUUCUCAGUGUAUGAGUUUAUCAGUCAAUCUAUUCAAGAAUUUAUAUCGGAUAGCAGAUAAUACAUCACACGCUGUUUUAGAAACAAGUAAACUGAAUGCGCGUUACUUUUUCCUUCGUACUCUGUCACAUGACUAGAAUUGUCUUCGUCUAACAGUCUGCAUGUGAUGCAACUACCGGUUUCGUAUCGAUAGUACUCGCCUAAACGAGAUAGUAGUUGGCGGUUGCCCAUAUAUCGAUGAAGGUAACACUGCUUUGCUGCUUAUCUUGUUAGACUGAAGUACAUUCUAAAUGCUGGUCAUGGAUUGCGAUUUACAAAAUUAUUCCAAUUUCUUGGAUUCCAAGCAAUGGUGUGAUAGUUAGUGUCGUAACGUGCAUUCUAAGAAUAGAGUUCCCUGUCGCAGACCGAGGAUGUUUUUGCUUUUGGAAGUCUAUUUUAUUUCCUCAAAAGGAUUUUCAUAAUUAAUUUGUAGGCAAACUGGGACUCUUACUACA